AUGGCAGUCACAAAGCUGCUUGCAGGUCUUCUCCUCCCGUGCGCAUGGGCUUCCCUGCGUGUGGCGGACGUCAACCUGACUCGACGCUUGGCAGAGCCGAGACCCUCGACGAUCACUGGGUGCCCUGCGGACUACAAGGACUGUGGCCAAUGCAGAUGUGUACCUCCGACAGUGUGCAGCAAGUGUCCAGCAGAAACAGCAUCAAAGCCGGUGGCUGCUCCCUCUGCGGAUCCUUCUGGUGAUUCCCACAACGAACCAGUGCCCUCUGCCAUCAUCGGCUGCCCUCGCGGAUUCGUGGAUUGCGGCAGCUGCCAAUGCGUGCCGCGCUCCAGCUGCCAGUAUUGCGGCGGCUCACGGCCCCCGUUUCCUCCGUCCGGCGGGUCGGAACCUCAGCCGUCAGAGACCCCCGGCUGCCCCGCAAGCUAUGUGGACUGCGGCACCUGCCGGUGCGUCCCGGAGUCCACUUGCCAGUGGUGCCCCGGGUCAGGGACAGGUGUGCCAGGUCCCAUUGAGACAGUGCCCACACGGCCCUCGGAUGUGAUCGGCUGCCCGGCCAGCUACGUGGACUGCGGCACCUGCCGAUGUGUGCCCGAGUCCACGUGCCAGUGGUGCCCUGGCGCUGAGACGGCCACCACGGAGGAGCCCGACUUUGACAACGAGACCAACGUGACCGACACCACGGAGACGACCACCAUGGGCUGGCACAUUGUCUCCAGGCCCUCAGAGGUGCCCUUGUGCCCGCGUGGGUACGUGGACUGCGGCACCUGCCGCUGCGUGCCGGAAUCCUCCUGCCAGUGGUGCCCCGGGGCCUGGGUCCCCGGCGUCCCGUCCCCGACACCAGAGACUCCAACCCCAGUGCCGCGGCCGGUGCCCACACCAACGCCCACACCGGUGCCCAGCCCGGCGCCGCGACCCUCCGAGGUGCCGUUCUGCCCCCGAAACUACAAGGACUGCGGGUGGUGCCUGUGCGUGCCGGAGUCCACGUGUCAAUGGUGCGGCGGGGAGCAGAGUGAGCUGCCCGUGCCCAGGCCAGCACCUCCCUCCCCGGCCCCGGCACCCAGGCCUUCCACGAUCAUCGGGUGCCCCGCGGGGUACUUUGACUGCGGCACCUGCAUGUGCGUGCCCCGCAGCAGCUGCCAGUGGUGCCCAGGUGCCAGCCCCAACUUUGUGCAGAACCACACGGAUGGCACGGACAGCCGGGAUGGCCCUUACGGCCCACUCCGUGUUUGA